AAACUGAGAAAUGGCAUUUUUUUCAGGAACAAGCUGUCAGUGGCUCUUGAGAUUAAAAUAAAGAUCUUCUCCUUAUUCAACGGGCUUUGUCCUCACUCUAAUUAGAGUUGCAUUAAAUAGCUAAAUCUUGCAAGAGCCAAGAUACUACUCUUAAGAUAUCCAAAUUAGCUAAUUUGGCAGCAGUUUUAUGCCCAAAUUAGCUAGUUUUCUGCUGAUUGAAAUGGCAAUGCUAAGACUUUUGAGUAGUUUGGCUGUCAUAGCUAUGGUGCUUGGUUCAGCCAUGGCUACAGAUUACACAGUGGGAAGUCCUAAUGGUGGAUGGGACCAAACUAGUGAUCUUCAGUCAUGGGCUGCAUCUCAAAAGUUCUUCGUCGGAGAUAAAAUAACUUUUUCAUAUGCUCCAAGCCAUACUGUGCUUGAAGUAACAAAGGCUCAAUAUGACUCCUGUGACAAUACAAAUCCUAUUGCAAUUUAUAGUGGAGGCAUGACAGUCAUCACUCUAGCUUCUGUAGGCAAGAGAUACUUUAUAUGUGGAACUGGUGGCCAUUGUAGCUCAGGAAUGAAACUCGAAGUCAACAUUCUUGUCAAGGCUUCUCCACCCCCACCAGCCAAGCCAGCUACUCCACCAACAGCAACCCCUACAGCUCCACCACCAUCAACCCCCGCAACUCCACCGCCGUCAACUCCUACAACUCCACCAGCAUCAGCCCCUUCCACCACCCCAGUUGCUUCCCCUCCCUCUUCAUCACCAUCUCCCAAGUCUUCAUCAGCACCCUCACCAAAACAUGCACCUAAAAUUUCCCCUGCAUUGUCACCUUCCAAGUCCUUCCCUCCUCACAGCCCAGCAAUGCCUCCUGCUGGCAGUCCAACAUCCCCUACUGUUGAGGACGCUGGAUUGCCCCCUUCGGGCGCUUCUGCACCUACACCAUCUGCCCCAUCAUCAGCUGAUAAAAUCCGUGUCACUGCUGGUUCUACAGUGAGAUUUGGCUUUGCUGUUAUGCUGAUGUUCUUUCUUUAAGCCUUCAAACAAUAUUUGAGGUGGUUGUCACUUUUUGUUAUAUUGUUGAUUCAGUACCUACUUUUCCUCAGUCCUGGUUGUUUGUUCAACACAUUCUAUAUUAUGAAUGUUGCAAAUUAUUGACGGAGAUAUAAUGGACUUUAGCAUUGAAAUUUUAUA